CUCUGUAUUUGGGUAUCAGAACGUCUUGACGUGUCACUCGCUUAACAGCGUUAAUCUGAAUUGUCAGAUGGAUUGGGCGCCGUUUGCUAAGAUUCAGUUUUGCAUUAUAUCAUAGAAAUAUCACUUUAAUUCGGCAAAUUUCGCUAUUCAUCAAAGUCAAGAAGCUUAAGUUUAAACUAGUAAAAGAUGGAGAGACGAGCAACCCACUCCGGAAGCUGGUACAGAAAUUCUGUUAUUGAACUAUCUAAAGAGUUAAGAAAUUGGUUGAGCAAUGCUGAAUUGGUCCAUGGUCCAGCUAGAGCGAUAAUAGCUCCCCAUGCUGGUUACGCAUAUAGCGGCGAAUGUGCUGGGUAUGCCUAUCGUCAAGUUAGCCCCGCCGUGGUAAGACGUAUUUUUAUCCUGGGACCAUCUCAUCACGUACGUCUUCGUGGUUGUGCACUUUCAAUAGCAAAAACCUACAAGACACCUUUUUAUGAUCUCACAGUGGAUACUCUGAUUAACGCUCAAUUAGAAAAAACCCAGCAAUUUUCCUGGAUGGAUAUGAAAACUGACGAAAAUGAACAUAGUAUUGAAAUGCAAUUACCUUUUAUUGCAAAAAUCAUGCAAGAGUAUAAGGAUCAAUUCACAAUUAUCCCCGUGUUAGUGGGAUCAUUAUCUCCUGAGCAGGAAGCAGUUUACGGCGACGUUUUUGCACCGUACUUCAAAGAUCCUCAAAAUUUGUUUAUCAUAUCAUCAGACUUCUGUCACUGGGGUGAAAGAUUUAAUUAUACCUAUUAUGAUAAAACACAAGGACCAAUACACAAAUCAAUUGAAAAGCUAGAUAAACGCGGGAUGGAUGUUAUCGAAUCAUUGGAGCCUGCAAUGUUCACUGAUUAUUUAAAGAAAUUUGGCAACACGAUUUGCGGGCGCCAUCCGAUUGGUGUUAUGCUGAAUGCUGCUAAAAUCAUUCGCUCACAAGGUUAUAAUAUGGGCUUCCAUUUUUUGAAUUAUGCGCAAAGUAGUGAAUGUCACAAUAUGACUGACUCUAGUGUAAGUUAUGCUAGUGGUUCUCUCGUUUUUGAAUUUCAAUACGAUUAGGUAAAAUUAAGAGAAGAAUUUACCUCAUCAAAAUGGAUAUGGUAGAUUUCAUAAUUUUAAAUUCGUUGAAAGGUUUGCUUAACAUAAGUUGUUUAAUUUAAGUUCUCAAAAACAUUGACAUUGUCAUUUUAAAUAUAAUAUUGUUCUUAAUUUGCCACUAAAAGAAAAUUAUUAAUUUCUAAAGUUAAUCAAAUAACUAUGUCUAAAUAUAAUCAAAAUAAGUAAUUUU